AUGGAAGCUGGACUCCCACUUGGUUACAUCUUCGCCCAAAGUGAUGAACUGCCUGCAUUGCUCUCCACAACGGUGCAACCAGUAGCUAAGAAGUACAAGGGCAAGAUUCAAUUUGGCACGGUUGAUGUCAAAAUAUUUGGGUCACUCGCAGAUGAUCUGCACCCUGAGCUCAAUAAGAGUGGCCGGCUUUUGCGGUUCGAGAACCUAUCAGGAAUCACCGCUGUCCACCCAAUCUGCGCCAAUUGUUAUCGCCUUGCGCCCACCAUAAAAUCCGAGCCUGUGCCUGAGAUUCAGCAAGGACCUGUCACAAUCGUCGUCGGCCAUACUUAUGACGACCUCGUCAUUAACAACGAUAAGGACGUUUUGAUUGAAUAUUACACCCAAUGGUGUGGACCAUGCAAGGCAUUAGCUCCUACAUACGAAAAGCUUGCUGAGUUCUACGCCGCGAACUCGACCAGCAGGGAUCGGAUCACGGUUGCAAAAAUUGACGCGGAGGCCAAUGACGUUCCCGGCGACCUCCGAGGCUUCCCGACGGUUCAAAUCUUUUCAGCAGUCGAUCUGGAAGAGGAAGUUCACCAAAUUCAUGGCUUUGAGAAAUUCAUGCGUUCUCUGCCAGCCGAGUCAUUCCAACGACUUGUAAAGACAGGCUCGCAAGCUGUUGUUGCAUUUAACGUUACGGCAAUCAGAAGUGAUGUUUUCCUUGUCACCAAACAGGGAAUCGAGAACAUGCUGGUCAGGGACCUCAAGUAUGCAACUCUGAGGUGGAUUUCAAAGGAUUCACUUGGAGAGGGUCGGCUUACGAACGUCACUUUUUCAAAUAUUUAUGAUAAUAUUUCCAAACUGCGAAAGCAUCUUGACUGGGUCUGGGACAACGUGCCACCGAGCAAGGAAGAUUACGAAGAUGCGGCCGGCCGCUCUCGGACAGGUUCCUUUGAAUAUAUUGCCUUCCACGUUGUUUUUUUGUAUGCUCCCACUUUCAAAGCAAUCGCGAUGUCCCAGGCCAAACAAUUGAGCUCCCAGGUCAAGACACCUGGCAAGACCCUUAUUGUAGCCAUGCGCAAACUCAUAACAUGCGAGGAAGUCAACGUCGAGGAGGAAGUCAACGUCGAGGAGGAAGUCAACGUCGAGGAGGAAGUCAACGUCGAGGAGGAAGUCAACGUCGAGGAGGAAGUCAACGUCGAGGAGGAAGUCAACGUCGAGGAGGAAGUCAACGUCGAGGAGGAAGUCAACGUCGAGGAGGAAGUCAACGUCGAGGAGGAAGUCAACGUCGAGGAGGAAGUCAACGUCGAGGAGGAAGUCAACGUCGAGGAGGAAGUCAACGUCGAGGAGGAAGUCAACGUCGAGGAGGAAGUCAACGUCGAGGAGGAAGUCAACGUCGAGGAGGAAGUCAACGUCGAGGAGGAAGUCAACGUCGAGGAGGAAGUCAACGUCGAGGAGGAAGUCAACGUCGAGGAGGAAGUCAACGUCGAGGAGGAAGUCAACGUCGAGGAGGAAGUCAACGUCGAGGAGGAAGUCAACGUCGAGGAGGAAGUCAACGUCGAGGAGGAAGUCAACGUCGAGGAGGAAGUCAACGUCGAGGAGGAAGUCGAUAGUAUUUCCAUGAGCGUGGGUGAGGUGGAAUCCAACAUCCCAGAAGUUCUCCCCACACCUCGCAAGUCGACCGUUCUUGGCCUCUUGGCCAAGGGGGUGUCGACUGUGUAUUUCGGCUGCCAUAGACAGACAGUUGCCCGCGAUCAGUCGGACAGUGGCAUCCUGCUCGCCGACGGAGCGGACAAGCAACCACAGAGACUAACGGUUCAAGACCUCGUGACCACGUCGCUGCCCGACGCCACGCUGGCCUAUCUGUCUGCCUGCUCGACAGCCGAGAACCUGUCCGAAGAUCUUUUGGACGAGGUCAUCAAUCUGACGAGCACAAUGCAGAUCAUCGGGUUCCUGCACGUGGUCGGCACGAUGUGGGAGGCGGACGAUGACGUCUAUUCUUUGAGAAGAUCGUGA